AUGGCUUCUCAAGUCCACGUGGGUUUAAGAAAUCGUAUGGAGUUAGGAGACGGUGACGGGGGGAAGGGGGAGAGCUUCAACUGCAUGCUGGACUCAUAUUCGACUUUAUCAGCCUCCAGACUAUUCAGCUCUGACAAGAUGAACAGAACGUCAUGGACUGAGUUUGUUUUUCUUGGCUUAUUCAACCACACAACAACACACACAAUUUUCUUUGGUGUCCUUCUGCUCACCUUUCUUGUUGCCUUGUUUGGAAAUUGUCUCUUCCUUUUGGUGAUCCAAACAGGUUCUGAGUUUCAGACCCCCAUGUAUUUCUUUCUCAGUCAGUUGUCCUGUAUGGAUGUUUGUCAAAUAUUCACCAUUGUUCCUAAAAUGUCCAUGGACUUCUUAAAAAAGAAGAACGUCAUUUCCUUGGCCGGAUGCGGCAUCCAGAUGUUUUUCACAUUGACCAUGGGAGGGGGAGAAUGUCUGUUGCUGACUGUGAUGUCCUAUGACAGGUACGUGGCAAUAUGCAAGCCCCUAAAAUACCCUGUACUCAUGUCCAGGAGGAUGUGCGUAGUCUUGUCAGCAGGCACCUGGAUUGGCGCCUCUUUUCAUGCUCUGAUACUCACCCUUUCUGUGUUCCAUCUACCUUUCUGUAAAUCAAACGUCAUCAAUCAGUUUUUCUGCACGGUUCCCAGUGUCCUGAAGUUGUCCUGCUCAGAGGCAUCCGCCUAUGAGAAUGGAUUGUUCGUCACAGGCGUUGUGAUGCUUCUUGGUCCCAUCUCAAUCAUUCUGGCUUCCUACAUUUCCAUCCUCUUGACAGUUCUGGGAAUGCAGUCAGUCGAAGGGAGGCACAAGGCAUUCGGCACCUGCAUAUCCCAUCUGAUUGUGGUGAGCGUCUUCUACGGAGCAGCCAGUUUUAAAUAUAUGAGGCCCAGAUCGUACAGGACACCGCAACAGGAUAAGAUUGUCUCGGUGUUUUGUGACAUUGUGACUCCUACACUGAACCCCCUGAUCUACAGUCUGAGAAACAGAGACGUUUUAGCAGUACUGAGAAAAUGGUAUGGAAAAUGCAAUUGA